CCUCGCUUAGCAGGAGCCAAAUUCCUCACCUCCAUCUCUCCCACAUCAACCGCCGUCAUAGGUAUCUACGCGAAAAAUAUCGCCGGCAAUAUGGACAACCUGCAGCUGCACCUCGAAACCGCCCUUUCGGCCCUCCACACAGCCCGCGCUUUUCUCAGCGACAAUGGCAUCGCGCCGCUCACCCUCAAGAACUGGCACAUUCUCCUUUCGUGCUGGAAAUACUUCCCCUUGGUCCUGCCCCUCCAGCUGCUGCUGGACUGGUACCCGAUGGGCAAAACCAGCUCCGUUUCCCUCCUCAACGUUCGGGGCAAACCUGCGUGGGUAUUAAUGGAGCUUCUCUCACCCUCGACACUGCUGUACAGCAUCUACAGCAACCCGACGCGUCCGCUCGCGCUGCCACGAUCGCACGUGUGGCUGACAACGCUGUACCUGAUGCACUACUUCCACCGGGCGCUGCUGUCGCCGCUGCGCAACCCCGCAAUGGCAGAUAUGCACAUCGUCAUCGCCGUCGCAAUGGGCGCGUUCAAUCUGCUCAAUGGCACCGCAAUCGGCGCGUGGCUUGGGGGGUAUGGAAGCGCCGAGGAGACGCCGAGCUGGAUGAUCGCCCUGGGAAGUGCUAUGUUCCUGGCCGGCUUGUGGGGAAAUGUUUACCACGAGGAGGUGCUAAGGGAUAUUCGUCGGGAGACGGCGGGGAGCGAGAAGAAGGUGGACGACGGAGAGACGGUGGUCAGCGAGGAGGGGCGGGUCUAUAAGAUCCCCCACGGAGGCCUGUUUGCGUACUGUUGGCACCCACACUACUUCUCAGAGUGGAUCGAAUGGACAGGCUUCAUGAUUGCGGGCGGCGGGCCGGCCAACUUCGUGCCUGCGGCGAUCUUCCUAGUGAACGAGAUUGCGACUAUGGGGCCCCGGGCACUGCAGGGGAGACGGUGGUAUUUGAAAAAGUUUGGAGAUAAGGCGCCCGUGAGGAAGGCGGUUGUUCCUGGGCUUUUGUAGAUGAUGGUAGCGAUACUGGGAUUAUGGAAUGGGAUUGGUUGCGUGUACUAUCACUCGACGACGAUCGCAGUUUACUACUGAAAGAAUCUUGUUCUCGGCCUCAUGCACACAUAGCACCCACACCCGCGAUCGAGUGACACGACCUACACGACCUAGGUACCUACCCAGGUACUUACCUAGGUACGGUGAUGCCUGGAAGUUGGAAAACCAUCGCUGCCUCGGAGACUCGAAGACUCGGAGUCUACGAAAGUACCUAGACUGCGAGCAUCAGAUCGGGCUGGUAGGUAAGUAAGUUAGAGUACCUCCAGCUCCGUAGAGUAAUUACAG